GUUUUAGUUGAUCUUAAAUGUGGUGAAAGGUUCGAAUCUUCCAAAAUGGGUUCUGAGGAUAAUGUCAAGAACUUUGAGAAGAUUGCAGUAGACCCACUGGAACCUCUUGUUCUUCGUCCACCUGUUGGGUCGGAAGUCUAUGGAUCACCUCCAUCAAGACGUACUAGCCGUAGCCGUCCUUUCAUAUUGGGUUCAUUAUUCGUCUUGUUCACAUUGUUAAUGAUUGCUAGUGUAUUUCUGCUGCUAUACAUCCUUGGUUAUAGACCGUUAACUUCACUUAAUCAUAAAGCAAAUGCACACAGAUCAAUUUGUCGCAUUCGUAUUCCAUUUUUAAAAAUAGAUCCUGUAGAAUCUAUUACGACAGAUGAUAAUUUCCUCAAUGUUACACUAUCUGAAGUACCUUACUACAAUGUGAUUCGUAUUUUGCAUCUGUUCUCUGAGGGCUUGACAGUGAUUAGAACAAAUAAGCAUUGCUACAUCAGACCGUUGAGAGCUGAAUUAAGAGGAUCCGGAAUUGAAGAUUAUCUGCGUCGACUAAAUGAUGGAAAUGAUUUAAAGGAUUCGGUGGAAGGUUAUCCUGUUACAGAGCCUUGGUAUAUAGAUAGAGAUCCAUAUAAUACUAUUCAUAAUUCAUUGAUUAUGUCAUGGUGUGCUGGUGUACCAGCCUUUCGUCUAGUCUCAACAAGACCUCCAAUAAGUGAAUAUAAAGGAGAUAUAAUGCCCGCUAUGCCAGAUGAAUCAAUAAAGCCGGGCAAUCCAGAUCCAUUUGUAGGUGAUUAUGAUAACAGUGAUCAGGCAGAUAUUCUGCGUAUCCUUCUACCUGAUCGUGAAAAUAUUCGUCGAGUACGUAGUGUGAACUUGACCCCAGAGAUGCCAGAUAAAUCAAGAAAAUUAAUGAAAUCAGACAAUUCCAAAUGUGAAAUUGUAGAUGUUCUUCUAGAAGAUGCCACAAUCACAUCAACACGUGAUAAUCAUCGUGUGUCAGUAGUACGUGAUGUAAUCAUGUCUUGUUCUUAAAUUCUAUUCAAGACAAAGAAGUCAGUCUCUAAGUUUUGGAAAUCAAUCUGCUUAUUACAUUUUUUUGUUCUCUCUUCGUAUAACAUGAAUUGCUUAUCUUUUUGAUUUGGAACCUUACUCAUUUGAUGACAAUUACACAAUGACAUGAACACAGUUGAUUUUGAUUACUAAACUAUUGUAAUCAAUCAUGAAUUGCAUUUCUACUGGCGAUAAUAAUAAUAAUGAUUGAUUUCUUGAAUACAUUGUUGGAUUGAUCAUUUAUUUUUUGUCUUUUAAUAUUCCUAUAAUAAUAAUCAUAUAUUCAUUAGUAAUAUUAUUGUUGUUUAUUCAAUUAUACUACUUAUAAUGUUUUAAUAAUAGACAUACAUACCUACAUCUGAACAUUUGCAUUUCUAAUCAUUAUUAUUAUUAUUAUUUCUUUAAUGGUAUUUUUUAAUAAUCAUUCAUAUAUACACCUAAUCAUGGUAGUAAACAAUGAUGAUGAUUAUAUGUUUUAUUAAUAAAGCACAAUAAGAAUUCAAUUCAUAAUUGUGUAAUGAUUAACAUUCAAUAUAACAUUAUUCAUAGUAUAAUUAUGUAAAAUUUUCAUUUCAUAGUUAUUCGCAUUUCUAUCGUUAACAUUCAUUGGUGAAAGUUAUAUCGAAUAUAUAUAAUAUACAACCACAUAUUAACG